UAAAAGCCAAAAAAACAGACUCUCAUCUCCGGUACCCAUGUUUUUCGCAAAAUUUUCUGGCCCAAAAACUUAAAACUGAAUAGCGAAAAAAAAAGGUCUUCACUUGGGUUUUUAGGAGACUUUUGUCAUCAACAGCUAGUUUUCGAGCCGAAAGUCGGAGAAAGUACUUCUCAAAAUGGGAGAAAGCAAAGUUCGAAAUGGAAGAAAAUAUCCCUCAUAUUUUCCGAAAGUAGGAGGGGGUACCCUCCCCCGGUCGCACCGCCCCCGCAUGUUAUUGGAUAGGUGAUCGAAGAUCAAUAGCUGUUAAUAACUUAUUUAUGAUCCUUUCAUGAUCGAUCUUACAAAAUGAUAGAAGAGUCACAUAUACUGAAAUGACGUAACUAUAAGAAUACAAAAAAAAACAGUUUUUUUAAUGCUCAAAACGUGUUUUUUCUUUAUUAGAAAAUGAAAUUCAAUUAGCUGGUUAUAAAAUUCUAAAUGCUCUUUGGAUUAUUGGUACUCAAGGAACGAAAUUCGUUGAUCGAGAAUGGAUUAUUGAAGAAUUAAAUCGUCAUCGUCCAUUACUUGGCGAUUGUCUAAGUUCAUUUGCCUCAUGUUUUUCUGUUGCAUUUUUUGAAUCUGAAUUUAAUGCAAAUAAUAAAAAUGCAUCAAAUGUUUCACAAUUAUCAUCUGAAGCUAAUGAUGUUAUGACAAAUGUAUCAAGAACAAUACCUCAUUUGACUAAAGUUAUAUCGGAUGUUGAAGAACAUGCAGAAUCACGUGCAACAUAUGAAGAUGCACCUUAUGUUGUUGAAGUUAUUCUUCCAUGUGUUUGCUCUUAUUUACCAUAUUGGUGGCCUAAAGUAACAAAUGUUACAGCCGAUCAUAUGAAUUCAGUAUUAGGUAGUGUAUUAAAAUUAAUUAAUAAUAAUAUUGAUGCAAAUGAAGCUCCAUGGAUGAAACAUAUAGCAGGUAAAAAUUGAAUUUUCGACAAAAUUCAUAGUCUAUUUAAUAUUGUUGUUAUUUUCAUUAAGUCUAUACCCAAGUAAUACUUCUUAGUUC